GCUUGGAGCGAAUUCGAAAAUAAUAAUUAUUUAGUGUAGUAUUUGCUGUAGUGUCUUUGCUGUUGCUACUAUGGACAAAAACAGUGAUAGUAUUCGUAGGAGGAUAGGUCAAGCCCUAUUUCCACAUGGAGGCGAACGGUCUUCCCUACCUCGGCUCGUGAAGCGCCCGAAAAAGAAGCCCCCGUCUCAAUUCCAUUCUGCUGAUUUGGUCGUGUCCAAAAAUGCUAUAUCGUCAGAAAGCCGCUGCGCUCAGGACCUUGGGAGCUCUGUGUCCAUUGCUGCUUUGGAAGCAGCGAAGGCAGAACUUGGCAUAUCCAGUCUUGAGGAGGUUGCGUCUGGCUCCUUGUCGAUAACCCUGGACCGAGCACAUGUUUUCCGUGACUACCUGGCCAAGCUGCAGGCACCAGGCAAAGUAUUUGGCUGCCGACAGGGUCGUGGUACGUGUUCUGCGUCAUCAACGGAGCAGUCACUGGUGGUGAAUGUGUCGGCACUGUGGCUAGUCCCUGUUCAUGCUGCCUGCCUUAGUGUGGAUCAGCUGAGGGUGGUGUUGGCCACACAGCACCUAUCCAGUGUAGUUCAAACACAAGGGCUUCAACCUAUCAUUGUAGCUGAUGCGCUCUCCUGUAGCAGGGACCUUGUUCAAGCCGCCAUUGUACUGGCAUGCACGGAGAAAACAUCCGGCGUGCUAAGCAACCGACUUUGGCAGUACACGAGGGAAAGCACGGAGCGUUUAUGCAGUGUGUGCUCUCAUAUUACAAGUGAUCGUAAGCUGCAAUUGGAUGAAGCUGCUAAGCCUAUACUCCAGUCUGUUGAUCAGUGCCUAGACCCCACUGCAAAGAUGUUUCCGGAAACGGUUGUGCGCCUGAUCAAAUCUCUAUUUCAAACAAGCGCCGUGAACUAUUCACUUUCGUCAUCUGUGCCUCUCCUACGCGAGUUGCAGUCUGUUCCUGAGUUAUGGUCUGCAUUGGUGUUCAUCCGACGUCACGCCAUCGAGUCCUGUUCGUCGCUGUUCACCAGCCUGUCCCUCCGUGUCAGCAUCAUAGAUAGUCUACCACUGUUGCUACAGUCCAGCUUGGACGUCAGCUCCGUGCCGUACUGUCGUAUCAGAGCGGGCACUGCGUGCGUGCUGUCCACGGCUGGUGAUACUGGUCUGCGUGAUGGUGCACGGCAGCCCGCUACGGCAGCUGCCACUAGCGACUCUACUGCGUCCGCUUCACCAAGUUGCUUGAUCGACGCUCUGUACACCUGUCACACGGUGGAGGUCGUCGCCACGCAUUCGCAGCCGUCGUGUGCCUGCGUGACUUGCCCGCUGGAAGAGAGUCGUAUUCAGCCACGACUGGUGCAUGAGGAGGGUGGGGAUGGCGUCGUCGGUGCGUGCAGUCUCGAUGUCAAAGCCUGCCUUGCGCAGCAUAGCCUACCCAUAGGAAAGAAUGGUUUUGACCACGGCACUGACUAUGUGCGUUGUCGUGACAUGAACGGCACUAUACUCUCUCCGGCAGCUGUCCAUGCUCUGCACAGUGUGGAGUUAAGAAACAUGCUUCAGUGUCCCAUGAUACAGGUAGUGAGUAGUUCACAGAAGAUCUUCUUGCAACGAAGUGACCUACUGGCACAUGCCUUUAUCUCGGCAAGACCCGCAGCAACAGUACCGGACAUGCGUUUGAAUAGCUACCACUUAGCAGUCAGCAAUGUUGAGGAUAGCUCCAAGACACAGCUGACUUGCCACCAACUCUUCCAGGCGUACCACAGCCAGAUGAUGUCCGCCGCGGUGUGCAGACUUGGACGAACUGCCGACAACUCCUACAUUCAGAGAUCAGCUAUGGCAAUGACAAUCAGUACGGUGACCUUUCAGCUCCUCACACCGCCUCUGAACCAUGUGGUCAAGACGAGAGUGCAGAACUCGCAGGCAGCCAGCUCCGAAGGAGGAGUGCAGGACUCGAAGGAAGGCGCCUUCGCCAUGUACAACUAUGCACGUCUCCACACGCUGUUCGCCAAUUUCGAGAAGGCCGUGGCUGCAGGAACAUAUCCACCUCUACCAGCGCUUGAUGAGAUCGACUUCACGCUGCUAACUGAUGAGGCUGAAUGGCAGCUACUGCUGACUGGAGUUGCCGGCUAUGCAGAUUGCCUGCUGGAAGUGUUCCCUGGUGAUGACAUGUACACUGCCUUGCAGUGUGCGGAUGGACUCUAUGUCCAGUGCUCGCUGAAUAAGGUGUGUGUGUUCCUUGCGUCGUUCUGCCGUGACCUGAGUUCAUACUACAGCCGUGUGCAUGUUCUUGAGGAGCCAUCACCACAUCGUUUCCCUGUCAUAUUUGCCCGACUGUAUUUGCUACAAGCAUGCCAGAAGGUCCUUGCCAAUGCACUUGGCUUGUUGAAAAUUGAGACGUUCGGCGUGUUAUGAUCAGCCGUUAUCAUCCCAAUGCCUCCGACCGAUCUGCUUACACUCCGCAGAUUUCCACGUCAGCAGUCAUUCCAUGUAGACAGUGCCACUUGGAAAAAGAUUUGAGUUUGGCACGAAGAGCGUGCUGCCCACCAUUUCAUGCACGGAGUACUGGGUGGAUUAGUAGACUCUGCCGCUAUCUUGGUUUUGCAGAUGUGCAAACUGCAAACCAUCCAAAUGAGAUUCUUCCUUCAAAAGAAUUAUCUGUAGAUCUGGUAAGAUCUUGUAUUUCGACAAUUCUACGUGGAUCACCGAUCAAUGUGCCUUACUUCAUCGUGGCAUGUUCUCUUGCAGUGAUUUGAAAUGCUAGAAAUUUGAGUACGCUGCACCGGGUGCACCGCGACGCACGGAGAGUCGGCAGUCAACCAACAUGCCACACAGGUUUAUUCAACUUGAUUGGAUUUUGUGAUGUUUCAAGGCCUGGUGUUGCCCUGGCCACUGACUUAUUUAUUUUACGAAGUAUUUUCUAUAUCAUCCAUUGACUUUGUCAAGUCCACUGAGAAGUUUAUACCGGUACAUCUAGUACAUGUACUAGUAGGCGAUGGAACUGGACAUACCGGUACAUGUACUAAUGGUAACGUUGUGUGGCGGCUUGUCCCGUUAUUAUUGUACAGAGAUCAUAGACGUCUACAAAAUUAAUUUUAAUGAUCACAACCAGCUAGCGAGCAGUACAAUAGCACCUGUAUACAUGACUGUAUUGAUUUUGUUGUA